GUCCUCCACUACAUGAAUAAGAGUGUAUAAACUAACAACUGCCAUCCGGCGCAUCACCAGUGAGUUCCUCCUGCUAAGCAGGCACACAACUCUUAGAAAAGGGGAAAAGCAUAAAAAGAGAGACUGCAGAAUAAGACCGUGAGCCCUCAACCGAACCGCCAGCAAGGCAGUAAGCUACUUUGGUAAACGCAGCAGCUUAGAAGACUUCGGUGGAGGUGCAGAUCGCACCGGAACCAGUGUCCACAUCGUCCGAAGACUGUGUUCUGACGCUGACGGACGGCGACUUGACCUACAAGUGAUCAUACACAUUUGGUGUUAGAGAGUGAAAAGAGCGAGAGAGAUAUGGACGAGAGCAGUUUCUCUGUGGUGGUGGAGGGAGGGAGGCCGUGGGGUUUCACGCUGCAGGGAGGGCUGGAGUUCCGGGCUCCUCUGCGGGUGGGCAAGGUAACACCAGGAGGCAAGGCAGAGAGGUCUGGUCUAAUACCAGGAGAUUACAUCACCUCUAUCAACAAUACAGAGGUGCAGGGGUUAAAGCAUCUGGAUGCCAAGCAACUGAUCAUCAAUUCCAGCUCCACUCUGCAGUUGCUGUGCACAAAGACCCCGCCAGUUGGCCUCUUCUCCCCGCCAGGCAACAAGCCUUCCCCACACUUCUCCUUCACCUCCCCGCGCUCCCCCUCCCCCUCCUCCCACCCCUCACGCCCACGAGCCUCUUCCUUUACCUCCCCCUCCGCCCAGCCACGCCCGAGAACCUCCUCUUUCACCUCCCCCAGGAGCUCCACCCACAUAGCUCCCUCCCCUUCCUCAACGUCUGCGAAAACCCUCUCUCUCAGGCGUCCUCCGCCCCCUGCCGCCGUGGCAACGACCCCGACUAGGGGUAAGAGUGACACACUGCCCAGCGGUCGACCAAGACCUCCAGUCAAUUACCGGGGAGACAUUGGUAACAGCAGCAGUGGAGUGAGCAGUUCAAUCAGCUCUGCUGCUUCUAGCCCCCCUCCCCAUCCCGAGGGGGGCCCCCUGCUAGUUUCUCCCACUCGCCACCCCCCACCUCCUGCAAAGACAGAGCCCACUCGAGAUCAGUUGGCCAACCAUGUCACCGCGAUUCCUGCUGAUACAGCUGACGCAACUGUGAUUUCUGUCAACACAGCAGAUAUGAUUCCUAACACCGCAGAAACAGCUUUGAUUCCUGAUGACACUACUGACACGGCCAUGAUUCCAGCUGACACCGCCAACACAACCGUGAUCCCUGCUAACACGAGAGUUGAAUUAGAUGACAUCAUCCCAAUCAUCUCUCCCACUGGAUCUACAGCGAUCGCUGACCUAAAGUUUUGAUUCUGACGAUACUACAGCCGUUUAUACUGAACCUCCCGUUUACGCUAGCACCACCGUUGAUCCUGUUGACACUGCCAAAGCGAUGACUGAUCCAGUUGAAACUGCUAACGUGACUCUUGAUCACUUUGACACUUCUGCUGAUCAGGUUGACAUCACUGUUGAUAAGACUAAUUCCACUAAAUCUUUCACCAAACAAGUUUCUGCUAACUCAACCACUGAUCAAAUUGACACCACUGACACAGCCACUGCUAACCCUACUGAUUCUUCUGAAUCAACCACUGAUCAAAUUGACACCACUGAUACAGCUUCCGCUAACCCUGCCGAUCAAGUUGACACUUCUAACGUGUCCACUGGUACUCCGGAUAUCACUAACACUGCCACUGAUACAGCAGAACCCUCAGUAAAGAAUGAAGCAGUGGAAAAGAAGGAGCCGACGAUGGCUGCUGGUGGACGUGAAGAAGAGACAAAAGUAGAGGAAGAAAGGAAUGAAGAAAAGGAGGAAGAAAAGAAUGAAGAGAAGGAGGAUGAGCAGAAAGACGAAGAGAAGGAGCGUGGAUUAACUGCUGCUGGUAAUGAGUUGCCGAGUGCAGUAGAUCCCUCAUCGGGGCAGCACAAGCCACAGACAAGCAUCGACAAACAACUUGAAGAGGCCCGCAAGGCUAGAGAAGCAGAGAUGAAGGCUAGAGCCACAUCUCUUCUCACGGGAAAACUGGGAUCACUUGUCCGGUUCAAACCCUCUCGUCCGGCCUCAGCUCCCAUCUCCAAACCUCCUCUUCCCCCCUCAGCCUCCGUGACUAAACCAACUCGACCCCCCGUGACCGCGGGGCCAAAAUCCCCCCACCGAGUCCCUCUCUCUCCCACCACCUCCCUGGGGGUCAAUCGGAGGGACCCUCUGGAGGGGAAGAGGGAGGGGGUCCCCGUCGUAAAGCCUUAUCUGGUGAAGAAGGGAGAAGAGAAACCGACCCCACAAGCCACUGUACCAGACAGGACAAUGAAGGACGUCAAGAUGGCCUACCGACUCCCAGGCUGGUACAAAGACAUGUUCCAGGGGUUCCAGCAAACUGUGGAGGAACUCUUCCCCGACAGUCAGAGCGAUGCUCAACAUUCUCGUACCAUAUCCACUCCAGCAGAUAUGGACACGUAUGUCUAUGACAACAGAGGUCUGAAGGUUCGCAAAUCCUCCUUCUCCUCCUCUUCCCCAGUGUCUCCAAUCCAUACCAGAUCUCUCUCCAACAACAACACUGCCACCACCACUGCCCCCCCAGAUCCAGUGUAUGUGUAUGACCACAGAGGACUGAGGGUCAGAAAAGACUCUCUCACUGCCCAUAACUCCGAGACCACACCCACCACCGUCACGGACCUGCAGGAAGAAGUAACCACAGCAGAUGUGUUGGCCGCCAGUCGCAGACAGCACUCCAUGGACAGUGGGUACGAUGACAGAGGUCUGAGACUGAGAGAGGGCUCUCAGGGGAACGGAGACACUGACCACGAUGACACCUCUCCAACCACUAUUGCUGGAGAGGAGGUGACAAAAGGUGGUGUCAUUGAUGCAGUCAAGAAGCCCACGGCCUACAAGAGUGACAAGUUCUCCACGGAACCUUCCAGAACAUACUGGAGUGCCAUAGACCAGCAGUUUGCAGAAGAUCAGAGAAAGAAGAGAGAGCCUGAACUGCAGCAGGAAGACGAGGGAAAUAAUCACUGUGCCAACAGUGAGGAGCCGUCUCCUAAUCACCGUGCCAAAAGUGAAGGGACUUCCCCGCAGCAGAGGAUGGCUCACAUGCACCCUCUCCUCACUGAAGGACUGGAGGAUGUGUCAGACCACGGGACCAUCUGCCAGAGGUGAGGUGUUUGACAGAAUGGACCCUCAGAAACUGGCAGGAGCUCUGGAACAUGCCAAGACUCUGACCACCAUGGAACAAGAGGGAGUUCCAUCUCACAUGCUGCCACUACAUCCCCAACAGAGAGAGGAGUCCAUAGAACCGGAGAAACUGCCUCCCCCGGGGAAGAAGGCGAGGGCUCUGUUUCCAUUUGAAGGUCGGAAAGAGAAGGAGCUGAGUUUCCAGAAGGGAGCCGUCAUCGAUCUCCUCCACACGGUCAAUGGGGACUGGCUGGAGGGAAUGUUGGGGCAGACUAAAGGCAUCUUCCCUUCCUCCUACGUCCAGGUGUUGAGUCACGAGGAGCUGAGAGAGGCUCUGGCUAAAGAGAAGGCUCCUCUGAUGCAGGCCAGGGCCUCCUACGACUUCCACCCUCAGACUGACAGAGAACUUCCUUUCAGAAAGGGUGACAUCAUUGCUAUUACAAAGAAGAUUGACGAUAACUGGUUCCAGGGUUACCUAGGAGACCAGAAAGGAAUCUUUCCUUCAUCUUAUGUUGAGGUUUUGGAAGCCACACACUAACAUUCUACUGUCAUCUUGAAACACUCCAUACAGUCUGUAGCUGUGUAUUGUAUUGAAGUAAUGUAUGUGUGUAUGUUAUUUAGAUUGUGGAGUAUUACUUGUGAUUAUUAAAAAUCACGUACAAUAGAUCAGUGACGAAUGUGGCAUGGUCAUGAAUAAUUUUUUGUUAAUGUUUUUGACACAUCUAUGUACUGCUUUGCUUUUCAUCAAGACAAGGCAUGACACAACUAAUUAUUGUUUUCAAUCAGUCAAACAAUCAUUACACCCACACAAUAUUACUUGAUAAUAAUAUUAUUAUGUCUCUUUUGAAUUUCUUUGACAGCCACAGUCUCUUCAAAUUUGUGUUCUUCUCUUCCACACACUGCAACAGUAAUGACACACCCUCUUCUCCUAGUGACUCAUCACCACCCAGCCACACUUCCUCUAGUGAUGAAUACUAUAG